CGUCCCCCGACAUGGAAAGCCUGACCAGCACCAAGCCCAGGCUCUGUGCCCUGCUCCCGCCUCGGCUGAAGGCGUACAGCUGUUGCCUGAGCAGAGAAAGGGAUUGGGUUUCACAGGCUGUGUAAUCUGCGACAGUGCUCCCUGCCUUGGGCAGAGCAGCGAGCCUCACCCAGGCUCAGCCAUCCCCUUUCUGCCCGUGAGGAACGCCCCGGCCGACAUAGAAGGAAAAUUGUUUGCUGAAUUUCUGCACAGCCCUCCUUCCAAUUGCUGGAGAGAGAGGGGGAGUGAGAGAGAGAGAGAGUUUAAGGCAGGCUCUGCACUGGUGUUCUGGGCUAUUUCAACUUCAGGGCAACUUUAGAGAACUUCAGUUAUUUUUGGUUCUGGACGACAGCUGAGACCGGCCGAGCCCCCGGGAGAUGCUGAUGCUGAUGCAGAUGCAGAGGAGGAAGAUUCUGUUGCUGAAGUGGCAGUAGAAGACAUUCGUCCAAGGCCACAAGGAUCCUCUCCAGUUUAUGAGUAUCCCAUAGAAGAAGACUAUUUAAAGCUUCAAGAAGAAAACAAAAAACAUUCUGCAGACAAAUCAAAGCAGAGUCAUCCACAGGAGACAAUGGAAGUGACCCUGAAAACAGAAGUGGAAGCUGGAGCUAGUGGUUUUAGUGUGAAAGGUGGAGGAAAUGAAGGAAUAUUUAUUAAAAAAGUACUUAAGGAAUCUCCUGCUUCAAAAAUAUUUAGUCUUAGAGAAGGUGAUCAGCUUCUAAGUGCUACAAUAUUUUUCGAUAAUAUCAAAUAUGAAGAUGCACUCAAGAUUCUCCAAUAUUCCGAGCCAUACAGAGUCCAAUUCAGCCUCAAAAGAAAAAUUGCUGUGCACGAAGAUCUGGAACACUCUACAGCCCAGCACAAAAAGGAAAGGAUUGGCCAGGAAAAAGAACUCAGUGAGAGCAUUCCUGAAGAAACACUGCAUGUUUCAGGAAAAUCCAUUUCAGAAGAAGACAGGGAAACAUUAAUUGUAAGCCAAAGAGUAGGAAGAAGUAAGAGACCUAAGAAAGAUAGAUUAUCAUGGCCAAAAUUUCAAUCAAUCAAAAAUAAAAAGAUAUUGAGGCACAGAAGAUCUCAUAGUACAUCAGAUGCAUAUGAGCCUGCUUUACAGGAUAUUUCCCCUACAAGCACGGACACAGAGUCUCAAUUUCCACAAGAGGUCCAUACCAAAGAGAAAAAAGGAGGCCAAAGGAAGCUGAAGUUCCCUAGCAUUGGAUUCAGAAUGCACAGGUCCAAACCAGAACCACAAGAGAAGCAAAAGAAAGAAAUAAAAACAACACUGAUCUCUGAAAGAGAAAAAAUGUAUAAAUAUGAUAUAAGCCUGGAAAAUCCUGAAAUUUUAACUGUUGAAUAUACCACUUCUCCUGCUUAUGAAAUGAAGACAGGGGAGGGACAUGAAACUUUAACAAAAGACUUAAAAGAAAUUAAAAAUGGCAUUCCGUCUCAUGUAAAACAAUGCCCUGAAGUUGAAAUAAGCAUUAAAAAAGACAAGGAAGCAUCAUCAAAAUUUAGCAUACCUGAAGUACCAGACAUAACAACAGAGAUACCAAAGCCUAGUUUAGAAACUGCUGAUCUGAAAGAAAGCCCAACUAAAAAAUCACCACAAGCCUCAUCAAAAUCCCGAAAAAAGAAACAGAAGGGAACAGCAGAAAAAAAAGAUGGAGAAAGUGGAAUUAACAUAGACUUGAUGGGUCACAGUACUAAAGGAUCUGUACAGGUAAAAGGCCUAGAAAUUGGCACUGCUAAAGUAGAAUUACAGAUAUCUGAAAUGAUGGAAAAAGGAGAAGAACAAGCAGAAGAAGACACACAAAUACUAAAUAUUCAGAAAAUAAAUUAUGGAAUUUCAGUGCCCAAAAGAAAAGAGACAGAGACUGACACUACCAAACAGGAAAGUGACGUUCCACAGUCAGUACCAGAAAAAACAGCUGAUAUGACUUCAGAGGACAGCAGGAAUUUCAAUGUGAAAACUCUUUUGCCAGAUGCACAAUCAGACAUAUCUACUUGGAAAAUACAAAUGCCAUCAUUCAAAGUGGCCAAAGCAACAAAAACAGACAUGAAAAUAACAGGAGAAGAAAGGAAAGAGGACACAGAAGAUAAGAUAAAAAAGCAAAGGAUGGAGGAAGAUGGCAUGCCCACAAAUGACAAAGCCUUAAACGUAGAAAUUGAAAUGAAGAGAGGAGAAAAAGAUAUAGAGGGGAAAGAAAGCAAAUUCAGACUGCCAAAGUUAAAAUUCCCUACAUUUACCUGGUCAAAUACCAAGGAAGAAACAACCCAAGUGGAAGCAGAUAUAAGUGGCAGGGAAGUAAAAGUGCAAACCUUGGAAAAUGAUGGAGAACCUCAGGUAAGUGGACCACCAGAAAAAAUUACUGUUCCGGGUCUUGAAACAGAAAUAGGGGUAUCCAUGGGAAAAAUAGAUGAAAACAAUAUAAUACAAAAAACUGAAGACCAGUUGCCGAGUCCGAAAAAACCAAGUGUAAAAUCUUCCCAAAUAGAAAUUAAAACUCAAGAUACAAAAGGAAAAAUACAGACAUCAACAACAGAUAUUGAAAUAGAGAAGAGGGAAUUCAAUAGAACAUCAAAAGCUGAAUUUUCAGAAAAUACACCAUCAAAUAUCAAAGAUCCCAAGGCAGACAUCAGCCUGCCCUCCAUCGACGUCACUCUUCCACAGGCCAGCGUCGACCUGCAGGCCCCCGAAGCCAGCCUUAGCCUUGAAGGAGAAGCCAAAGUGCCAGAGAAGGAGGCCACCAAGACCAAGGACGGCAAGUUCAAGAUGCCCAAGUUCGGCAUGCCUUCCUUUGGCUGGUCCAGCAGCAGAGAGGCCAAGGGCACCGUGGCCGCCGAGGUGGACGUCAGCCUCCCGGAGCCCCAGGUGACGGUGCCUUCUGGAACCACUGAAGUGGAGGUGACCCUGCCCGCGGCCGAUAUCCAAGUGCCUGGUGUGGAGGUGACCGUCGAGACGGGCACGGUAGCAGCAGAGGCUGAGAAAGGCCGAUUCAAGAUGCCCGACGUCAAGAUGCCCAGCGUCAAGCUGCCCAAAGUCAAAGCUCCCCAGGCGCAGGUCAGCCUGCCCAAGGCCGAGGGCUCGCUGCCCAAAAGCCAGGAGGGCGAAAUCGCCCUGCAGGGCCCCGAGGCCGAAGGCAGCCUGGAGGCGGCCGCUGGCAAAGCGGAGGGCGGCGGCAUGAAAAUACACAUGCCCAAAGUCAAGGUGCCCAGCGUGGUCUUCUCCAAGCCCACCAUCAAGUCUCCCAAACUGGAGGCAGAAGUCAGCCUCCCGCAGGCAGAGAUCAAGGCCACCGACACCGACAUCACUGUCACGGCCCCCGAUGUCAAGCUGCCCUCUGUUGAAGGCUCCCUGGAGCUCCAGGCACCCGACAUAGACAUCAAAGUGCCCUCCGCCAAAGGCAAGCUGGGGCUGGAAGGCACGGGCCUGAAAGGCAAGCUCAAGAUGCCCAAAUUUGACAAGCCCAAAUUCACAGUGUCCUCGCCCAAGGCCGAGGUGCCCACAGCCGAGGUCAGCCUGCCCAGUGCUGAGGUCGAGCUGCCCUCUGCCACUGUGACGGCCACAGCGGAGGACACUGGCGUGAAGCUGGAGAAGCCCUCCCUCACGAUGCCCAAAGCUGAAAUCAAAGCUCCUAAGGUGGCCAUCAGCCUGCCCUCCGUCGACGUCACUCUUCCACAGGCCAGCGUCGACCUGCAGGCCCCCGAAGCCAGCCUUAGCCUUGAAGGAGAAGCCAAAGUGCCAGAGAAGGAGGCCACCAAGACCAAGGACGGCAAGUUCAAGAUGCCCAAGUUCGGCAUGCCUUCCUUUGGCUGGUCCAGCAGCAGAGAGGCCAAGGGCACCGUGGCCGCCGAGGUGGACGUCAGCCUCCCGGAGCCCCAGGUGACGGUGCCUUCUGGAACCACUGAAGUGGAGGUGACCCUGCCCGCGGCCGAUAUCCAAGCGCCUGGUGUGGAGGUGACCGUCGAGACGGGCACGGUAGCAGCAGAGGCUGAGAAAGGCCGAUUCAAGAUGCCCGAUGUCAAGAUGCCCAGCGUCAAGCUGCCCAAAGUCAAAGCUCCCCAGGCGCAGGUCAGCCUGCCCAAGGCCGAGGGCUCGCUGCCCAAAGGCCUGGAGGGCGAGGUCGCCCUGCAGGGCCCCGAGGCCGAAGGCAGCCUGGAGGCGGCCGCUGGCAAAGGGGAGGGCGGCGGCAUGAAAAUACACAUGCCCAAAGUCAAGGUGCCCAGCGUGGUCUUCUCCAAGCCCACCAUCAAGUCUCCCAAACUGGAGGCAGACGUCAGCCUCCCACAGGCAGAGAUCAAGGCCACCGACGCCGACAUCACUGUCACAGCCCCCGAUGUCAAGCUGCCCUCUGUUGAAGGCUCCCUGGAGCUCCAGACGCCCGACAUAGACAUCAAAGUGCCCUCCGCCGAAGGCAAGCUGGGGCUGGAAGGCACGGGCCUGAAAGGCAAGCUCAAGAUGCCCAAAUUUGACAAACCCAAAUUCACAGUGUCCUCGCCCAAGGCCGAGGUGCCCACAGCCGAGGUCAGCCUGCCCAGUGCUGAAGUCGAGCUCCCCUCUGCCACUGUGACGGCCGCAGCGGAGGACACUGGCGUGAAGCUGGAGAAGCCCUCCCUCAAGAUGCCCAAAGCUGAAAUCAAAGCUCCUAAGGUGGCCAUCAGCCUGCCCUCCGUCGACGUCACUCUUCCACAGGCCAGCAUCGACCUGCAGGCCCCCGAAGCCAGCCUUAGCCUUGAAGGAGAAGCCAAAGUGCCAGAGAAGGAGGCCACCAAGACCAAGGACGGCAAGUUCAAGAUGCCCAAGUUCGGCAUGCCUUCCUUUGGCUGGUCCAGCAGCAGAGAGGCCAAGGGCACCGUGGCCGCCGAGGUGGACGUCAGCCUCCCGGAGCCCCAGGUGACGGUGCCUUCUGGAACCACUGAAGUGGAGGUGACCCUGCCCGCGGCCGAUAUCCAAGCGCCUGGUGUGGAGGUGACCGUCGAGACGGGCACGGUAGCAGCAGAGGCUGAGAAAGGCCGAUUCAAGAUGCCCGAUGUCAAGAUGCCCAGCGUCAAGCUGCCCAAAGUCAAAGCUCCCCAGGCGCAGGUCAGCCUGCCCAAGGCCGAGGUCUCGCUGCCCAAAGGCCUGGAGGGCGAGGUCGCCCUGCAGGGCCCCGAGGCCGAAGGCAGCCUGGAGGCGGCCGCUGGCAAAGGGGAGGGCGGCGGCAUGAAAAUACACAUGCCCAAAGUCAAGGUGCCCAGCGUGGUCUUCUCCAAGCCCACCAUCAAGUCACCCAAACUGGAGGCAGACGUCAGCCUCCCACAGGCAGAGAUCAAGGCCACCGACGCCGACAUCACUGUCACAGCCCCCGAUGUCAAGCUGCCCUCUGUUGAAGGCUCCCUGGAGCUCCAGGCGCCCGACAUAGACAUCAAAGUGCCUUCCGCCGAAGGCAAGCUGGGGCUGGAAGGCACGGGCCUGAAAGGCAAGCUCAAGAUGCCCAAAUUUGACAAGCCCAAAUUCACAGUGUCCUCGCCCAAGGCUGAGGUGCCCACAGCCGAGGUCAGCCUGCCCAGUGCUGAGGUCGAGCUCCCCUCUGCCACUGUGACAGCCACAGUGGAGGACACAGGCGUGAAGCUGGAGAAGCCCUCCCUCAAGAUGCCCAAAGCUGACAUCAAAGCUCCCAAGGUGGACAUCAGCCUGCCCUCCGUCGACGUCACUCUUCCACAGGCCAGCAUUGACCUGCAGGCCCCCGAAGCCAGCCUUAGCCUUGAAGGAGAAGCCAAAGUGCCAGAGAAGGAGGCCACCAAGACCAAGGACGGCAAGUUCAAGAUGCCCAAGUUCGGCAUGCCUUCCUUUGGCUGGUCCAGCAGCAGAGAGGCCAAGGGCACCGUGGCCGCCGAGGUGGACGUCAGCCUCCCGGAGCCCCAGGUGACGGUGCCUUCCGGAACCACUGAAGUGGAGGUGACCCUACCUGCGGCCGAUAUCCAAGGGCCUGGUGUGGAGGUGACCGUCGAGACGGGCACGGUAGCAGCAGAGGCUGAGAAAGGCCGAUUCAAGAUGCCCGACGUCAAGAUGCCCAGCGUCAAGCUGCCCAAAGUCAAAGCUCCCCAGGCGCAGGUCAGCCUGCCCAAGGCCGAGGUCUCGCUGCCCAAAGGCCUGGAGGGCGAGGUCGCCCUGCAGGGCCCUGAGGCCGAAGGCAGCCUGGAGGCAGCCGCUGGCAAAGCGGAGGGCGGCGGCAUGAAAAUACACAUGCCCAAAGUCAAGGUGCCCAGCGUGGUCUUCUCCAAGCCCACCAUCAAGUCUCCCAAACUGGAGGCAGACGUCAGCCUCCCACAGGCAGAGAUCAAGGCCACCGACGCCGACAUCACUGUCACAGCCCCCGAUGUCAAGCUGCCCUCUGUUGAAGGCUCCCUGGAGCUCCAGGCGCCCGACAUAGACAUCAAAGUGCCCUCCGCCGAAGGCAAGCUGGGGCUGGAAGGCACGGGCCUGAAAGGCAAGCUCAAGAUGCCCAAAUUUGACAAACCUAAAUUCACAGUGUCCUCGCCCAAGGCCGAGGUGCCCACAGCCGAGGUCAGCCUGCCCAGUGCUGAAGUCGAGCUCCCCUCUGCCACUGUGACUGCCACAGCGGAGGACACUGGCGUGAAGCUGGAGAAGCCCUCCCUCAAGAUGCCCAAAGCUGAAAUCAAAGCUCCUAAGGUGGACAUCAGCCUGCCCUCCGUCGACGUCACUCUUCCACAGGCCAGCAUCGACCUGCAGGCCCCCGAAGCCAGCCUUAGCCUUGAAGGAGAAGCCAAAGUGCCAGAGAAGGAGGCCACCAAGACCAAGGACGGCAAGUUCAAGAUGCCCAAGUUCGGCAUGCCUUCCUUUGGCUGGUCCAGCAGCAGAGAGGCCAAGGGCACCGUGGCCGCCGAGGUGGACGUCAGCCUCCCGGAGCCCCAGGUGACGGUGCCUUCUGGAACCACUGAAGUGGAGGUGACCCUGCCCGCGGCCGAUAUCCAAGCGCCUGGUGUGGAGGUGACCGUCGAGACGGGCACGGUAGCAGCAGAGGCUGAGAAAGGCCGAUUCAAGAUGCCCGAUGUCAAGAUGCCCAGCGUCAAGCUGCCCAAAGUCAAAGCUCCCCAGGCGCAGGUCAGCCUGCCCAAGGCCGAGGGCUCGCUGCCCAAAGGCCUGGAGGGCGAGGUCGCCCUGCAGGGCCCCGAGGCCGAAGGCAGCCUGGAGGCGGCCGCUGGCAAAGGGGAGGGCGGCGGCAUGAAAAUACACAUGCCCAAAGUCAAGGUGCCCAGCGUGGUCUUCUCCAAGCCCACCAUCAAGUCUCCCAAACUGGAGGCAGACGUCAGCCUCCCACAGGCAGAGAUCAAGGCCACCGACGCCGACAUCACUGUCACAGCCCCCGAUGUCAAGCUGCCCUCUGUUGAAGGCUCCCUGGAGCUCCAGGCGCCCGACAUAGACAUCAAAGUGCCCUCCGCCGAAGGCAAGCUGGGGCUGGAAGGCACGGGCCUGAAAGGCAAGCUCAAGAUGCCCAAAUUUGACAAGCCCAAAUUCACAGUGUCCUCGCCCAAGGCCGAGGUGCCCACAGCCGAGGUCAGCCUGCCCAGUGCUGAGGUCGAGCUCCCCUCUGCCACUGUGACAGCCACAGUGGAGGACACAGGCGUGAAGCUGGAGAAGCCCUCCCUCAAGAUGCCCAAAGCUGACAUCAAAGCUCCCAAGGUGGACAUCAGCCUGCCCUCCGUCGACGUCACUCUUCCACAGGCCAGCAUUGACCUGCAGGCCCCCGAAGCCAGCCUUAGCCUUGAAGGAGAAGCCAAAGUGCCAGAGAAGGAGGCCACCAAGACCAAGGACGGCAAGUUCAAGAUGCCCAAGUUCGGCAUGCCUUCCUUUGGCUGGUCCAGCAGCAGAGAGGCCAAGGGCACCGUGGCCGCCGAGGUGGACGUCAGCCUCCCGGAGCCCCAGGUGACGGUGCCUUCCGGAACCACUGAAGUGGAGGUGACCCUGCCCGCGGCCGAUAUCCAAGCGCCUGGUGUGGAGGUGACCGUCGAGACGGGCACGGUAGCAGCAGAGGCUGAGAAAGGCCGAUUCAAGAUGCCCGACGCCAAGAUGCCCAGCGUCAAGCUGCCCAAAGUCAAAAGCUCCCCAGGCGCAGUGCCCUCCGCCGACGGCAAGCUGGGGCUGGAAGGCACGGGCCUGAAAGGCAAGCUCAAGAUGCCCAAAUUUGACAAGCCCAAAUUCACAGUGUCCUCGCCCAAGGCCGAGGUGCCCACAGCCGAGGUCAGCCUGCCCAGUGCUGAGGUCGAGCUCCCCUCUGCCACUGUGACGGCCACAGCGGAGGACACUGGCGUGAAGCUGGAGAAGCCCUCCCUCAAGAUGCCCAAAGCUGACAUCAAAGCUCCCAAGGUGGACAUCAGCCUGCCCUCCGUCGACGUCACUCUUCCACAGGCCAGCGUCGAACUGCAGGCCCCCGAAGCCAGCCUUAGCCUUGAAGGAGAAGCCAAAGUGCCAGAGAAGGAGGCCACCAAGACCAAGGACGGCAAGUUCAAGAUGCCCAAGUUGGGCAUGCCUUCCUUUGGCUGGUCCAGCAGCAGAGAGGCCAAGGGCACCGUGGCGGCCGAGGUGGACGUCAGCCUCCCGGAGCCCCAGGUGACGGUGCUUUCCGGAACCACUGGAGUGGAGGUGACCCUGCCCGCGGCCGAUAUCCAAGCGCCUGGUGUGGAGGUGACCGUCGAGACGGGCACGGUAGCAGCAGAGGCUGAGAAAGGCCAAUUCAAGAUGCCCGACGUCAAGAUGCCCAGCGUCAAGCUGCCCAAAGUCAAAGCUCCCCAGGCGCAGGUCAGCCUGCCCAAGGCCGAGGUCUCGCUGCCCAAAGGCCUGGAGGGCGAGGUCGCCCUGCAGGGCCCUGAGGCCGAAGGCAGCCUGGAGGCGGCCGCUGGCAAAGCGGAGGGCGGCGGCAUGAAAAUACACAUGCCCAAAGUCAAGGUGCCCAGCGUGGUCUUCUCCAAGCCCACCAUCAAGUCUCCCAAACUGGAGGCAGACGUCAGCCUCCCGCAGGCAGAGAUCAAUGCCACCGACACCGACAUCACUGUCAUGGCCCCCGAUGUCAAGCUGCCCUCUGUUGAAGGCUCCCUGGAGCUCCAGGCGCCCGACAUAGACAUCAAAGUGCCUUCCGCCGAAGGCAAGCUGGGGCUGGAAGGCACGGGCCUGAAAGGCAAGCUCAAGAUGCCCAAAUUUGACAAGCCCAAAUUCACAGUGUCCUCGCCCAAGGCCGAGGUGCCCACAGCCGAGGUCAGCCUGCCCAGUGCUGAGGUCGAGCUCCCCUCUGCCACUGUGACGGCCGCAGCGGAGGACACUGGCGUGAAGCUGGAGAAGCCCUCCCUCAAGAUGCCCAAAGCUGACAUCAAAGCUCCCAAGGUGGACAUCAGCCUGCCCUCCGUCGACGUCACUCUUCCACAGGCCAGCGUCGACCUGCAGGCCCCCGAAGCCAGCCUUACCCUUGAAGGGGAAGCCAAAGUGCCAGAGAAGGAGGCCACCAAGACCAAGGACGGCAAGUUCAAGAUGCCCAAGUUCGGCAUGCCUUCCUUUGGCUGGUCCAGCAGCAGAGAGGCCAAGGGCACCGUGGCCGCCGAGGUGGACGUCAGCCUCCCGGAGCCCCAGGUGACGGUGCCUUCCGGAACCACUGAAGUGGAGGUGACCCUGCCGCGCGCCGAUAUCCAAGCGCCUGGUGUGGAGGUGACCGUCGAGACGGGCACGGUAGCAGCAGAGGCUGAGAAAGGCCGAUUCAAGAUGCCUGACGUCAAGAUGCCCAGCGUCAAGCUGCCCAAAGUCAAAGCUCCCCAGGCGCAGGUCAGCCUGCCCAAGGCCGAGGGCUCGCUGCCCAAAGGCCCGGAGGGCGAAGUCGCCCUGCAGGGCCCUGAGGCCGAAGGCAGCCUGGAGGCGGCCGCUGGCAAAGCGGAGGGCGGCGGCAUGAAAAUACACAUGCCCAAAGUCAAGGUGCCCAGCGUGGUCUUCUCCAAGCCCACCAUCAAGUCUCCCAAACUGGAGGCAGACGUCAGCCUCCCGCAGGCAGAGAUCAAGGCCACCGACGCCGACAUCACUGUCACAGCCCCCGAUGUCAAGCUGCCCUCUGUUGAAGGCUCCCUGGAGCUCCAGGCACCCGACAUAGACAUCAAAGUGCCUUCCGCCGAAGGCAAGCUGGGGCUGGAAGGCACGGGCCUGAAAGGCAAGCUCAAGAUGCCCAAAUUUGACAAGCCCAAAUUCACAGUGUCCUCGCCCAAGCCCUCCCUCAAGAUGCCCAAAGCUGACAUCAAAACUCCCAAGGUGGACAUCAGCCUGCCCUCCGUCGACGUCACUCUUCCACAGGCCAGCGUCGACCUGCAGGCCCCCGAAGCCAGCCUUAGCCUUGAAGGAGAAGCCAAAGUGCCAGAGAAGGAGGCCACCAAGACCAAGGACGGCAAGUUCAAGAUGCCCAAGUUCGGCAUGCCUUCCUUUGGCUGGUCCAGCAGCAGAGAGGCCAAGGGCACCGUGGCCGCCGAGGUGGACGUCAGCCUCCCGGAGCCCCAGGUGACGGUGCCUUCCGGAACCACUGAAGUGGAGGUGACCCUACCCGCGGCCGAUAUCCAAGCGCCUGGUGUGGAGGUGACCGUCGAGACGGGCACGGUAGCAGCAGAGGCUGAGAAAGGCCGAUUCAAGAUGCCUGACGUCAAGAUGCCCAGCGUCAAGCUGCCCAAAGUCAAAGCUCCCCAGGCGCAGGUCAGCCUGCCCAAGGCCGAGGUCUCGCUGCCCAAAGGCCCGGAGGGCGAGGUCGCCCUGCAGGGCCCCGAGGCCGAAGGCAGCCUGGAGGCGGCCGCUGGCAAAGCGGAGGGCGGCGGCAUGAAAAUACACAUGCCCAAAGUCAAGGUGCCCAGCGUGGUCUUCUCCAAGCCCACCAUCAAGUCUCCCAAACUGGAGGCAGACGUCAGCCUCCCGCAGGCAGAGAUCAAGGCCACCGACGCCGACAUCACUGUCACGGCCCCCGAUGUCAAGCUGCCCUCUGUUGAAGGCUCCCUGGAGCUCCAGGCACCCGACAUAGACAUCAAAGUGCCCUCCGCCGAAGGCAAGCUGGGGCUGGAAGGCACGGGCCUGAAAGGCAAGCUCAAGAUGCCCAAAUUUGACAAGCCCAAAUUCACAGUGUCCUCGCCCAAGGCCGAGGUGCCCACAGCCGAGGUCAGCCUGCCCAGUGCUGAGGUCGAGCACCCCUCUGCUACUGUGACUGCCACAGCGGAGGACACUGGCGUGAAGCUGGAGAAGCCCUCCCUCAAGAUGCCCAAAGCUGACAUCAAAGCUCCCAAGGUGGACAUCAGCCUGCCCUCCGUCGACGUCACUCUUCCACAGGCCAGCAUCGACCUGCAGGCCCCCGAAGCCAGCCUUAGCCUUGAAGGAGAAGCCAAAGUGCCAGAGAAGGAGGCCACCAAGACCAAGGACGGCAAGUUCAAGAUGCCCAAGUUCGGCAUGCCUUCCUUUGGCUGGUCCAGCAGCAGAGAGGCCAAGGGCACCGUGGCCGCCGAGGUGGACGUCAGCCUCCCGGAGCCCCAGGUGACGGUGCCUUCCGGAACCACUGAAGUGGAGGUGACCCUACCUGCGGCCGAUAUCCAAGCGCCUGGUGUGGAGGUGACCGUCGAGACGGGCACGGUAGCAGCAGAGGCUGAGAAAGGCCGAUUCAAGAUGCCCGACAUCAAGAUGCCCAGCGUCAAGCUGCCCAAAAUCAAAGCUCCCCAGGCGCAGGUCAGCCUGCCCAAGGCCGAGGUCUCGCUGCCCAAAGGCCUGGAGGGCGAGGUCGCCCUGCAGGGCCCCGAGGCCGAAGGCAGCCUGGAGGCGGCCGCUGGCAAAGCGGAGGGCGGCGGCAUGAAAAUACACAUGCCCAAAGUCAAGGUGCCCAGCGUGGUCUUCUCCAAGCCCACCAUCAAGUCUCCCAAACUGGAGGCAGACGUCAGCCUCCCGCAGGCAGAGAUCAAGGCCACCGACGCCGACAUCACUGUCACGGCCCCCGAUGUCAAGCUGCCCUCUGUUGAAGGCUCCCUGGAGCUCCAGGCGCCCGACAUAGACAUCAAAGUGCCUUCCGCCGAAGGCAAGCUGGGGCUGGAAGGCACGGGCCUGAAAGGCAAGCUCAAGAUGCCCAAAUUUGACAAGCCCAAAUUCACAGUGUCCUCGCCCAAGGCCGAGGUGCCCACAGCCGAGGUCAGCCUGCCCAGUGCUGAGGUCGAGCUGCCCUCUGCCACCGUGACGGCCUCAACCGAGGACACUGGCGUGAAGCUGGAGAAGCCCUCCCUCAAGAUGCCCAAAGCUGACAUCAAAGCUCCCAAGGUGGACAUCAGCCUGCCCUCCGUCGACGUCACUCUUCCACAGGCCAGCGUCGACCUGCAGGCCCCCGAAGCCAGCCUUAGCCUUGAAGGAGAAGCCAAAGUGCCAGAGAAGGAGGCCACCAAGACCAAGGACGGCAAGUUCAAGAUGCCCAAGUUCGGCAUGCCUUCCUUUGGCUGGUCCAGCAGCAGAGAGGCCAAGGGCACCGUGGGCCGUGACGGUGCUUUCGGAACCACUGAAGUGGAGGUGACCCUGCCCGCGGCCGAUAUCCAAGGGCCUGGUGUGGAGGUGACCGUCGAGACGGGCACGGUAGCAGCAGAGGCUGAGAAAGGCCGAUUCAAGAUGCCCGACGUCAAGAUGCCCAGCGUCAAGCUGCCCAAAGUCAAAGCUCCCCAGGCGCAGGUCAGCCUGCCCAAGGCCGAGGGCUCGCUGCCCAAAGGCCAGGAGGGCGAAGUCGCCCUGCAGGGCCCUGAGGCCGAAGGCAGCCUGGAGGCGGCCGCUGGCAAAGCGGAGGGCGGCGGCAUGAAAAUACACAUGCCCAAAGUCAAGGUGCCCAGCGUGGUCUUCUCCAAGCCCACCAUCAAGUCUCCCAAACUGGAGGCAGACGUCAGCCUCCCGCAGGCAGAGAUCAAGGCCACCGACGCCGACAUCACUGUCACGGCCCCCGAUGUCAAGCUGCCCUCUGUUGAAGGCUCCCUGGAGCUCCAGGCGCCCGACAUAGACAUCAAAGUGCCUUCCCCAACAAGCUGGGGGCUGGAAGGCACGGGCCUGAAAGGCAAGCUCAAGAUGCCCAAAUUUGACAAGCCCAAAUUCACAGUGUCCUCGCCCAAGGCCGAGGUGCCCACAGCCGAGGUCAGCCUGCCCAGUGCUGAGGUCGAGCUGCCCUCUGCCACCGUGACGGCCUCAACCGAGGACACUGGCGUGAAGCUGGAGAAGCCCUCCCUCAAGAUGCCCAAAGCUGACAUCAAAACUCCCAAGGUGGACAUCAGCCUGCCCUCCGUCGACGUCACUCUUCCACAGGCCAGCGUCGACCUGCAGGCCCCCGAAGCCAGCCUUAGCCUUGAAGGAGAAGCCAAAGUGCCAGAGAAGGAGGCCACCAAGACCAAGGACGGCAAGUUCAAGAUGCCCAAGUUCGGCAUGCCUUCCUUUGGCUGGUCCAGCAGCAGAGAGGCCAAGGGCACCGUGGCCGCCGAGGUGGACGUCAGCCUCCCGGAGCCCCAGGUGACGGUGCCUUCCGGAACCACUGAAGUGGAGGUGACCCUGCCCGCGGCCGAUAUCCAAGGGCCUGGUGUGGAGGUGACCGUCGAGACGGGCACGGUAGCAGCAGAGGCUGAGAAAGGCCGAUUCAAGAUGCCCGACGUCAAGAUGCCCAGCGUCAAGCUGCCCAAAGUCAAAGCUCCCCAGGCGCAGGUCAGCCUGCCCAAGGCCGAGGGCUCGCUGCCCAAAGGCCCGGAGGGCGAGGUCGCCCUGCAGGGCCCUGAGGCCGAAGGCAGCCUGGAGGCGGCCGCUGGCAAAGCGGAGGGCGGCGGCAUGAAAAUACACAUGCCCAAAGUCAAGGUGCCCAGCGUGGUCUUCUCCAAGCCCACCAUCAAGUCUCCCAAACUGGAGGCAGACGUCAGCCUCCCGCAGGCAGAGAUCAAGGCCACCGACGCCGACAUCACUGUCACGGCCCCCGAUGUCAAGCUGCCCUCUGUUGAAGGCUCCCUGGAGCUCCAGGCGCCCGACAUAGACAUCAAAGUGCCUUCCGCCGAAGGCAAGCUGGGGCUGGAAGGCACGGGCCUGAAAGGCAAGCUCAAGAUGCCCAAAUUUGACAAGCCCAAAUUCACAGUGUCCUCGCCCAAGGCCGAGGUGCCCACAGCCGAGGUCAGCCUGCCCAGUGCUGAGGUCGAGCUGCCCUCUGCCACCGUGGCCUCAACCGAGGACACUGGCGUGAAGCUGGAGAAGCCCUCCCUCAAGAUGCCCAAAGCUGACAUCAAAACUCCCAAGGUGGACAUCAGCCUGCCCUCCGUCGACGUCACUCUUCCACAGGCCAGCGUCGACCUGCAGGCCCCCGAAGCCAGCCUUAGCCUUGAAGGAGAAGCCAAAGUGCCAGAGAAGGAGGCCACCAAGACCAAGGACGGCAAGUUCAAGAUGCCCAAGUUCGGCAUGCCUUCCUUUGGCUGGUCCAGCAGCAGAGAGGCCAAGGGCACCGUGGCCGCCGAGGUGGACGUCAGCCUCCCGGAGCCCCAGGUGACGGUGCCUUCCGGAACCACUGAAGUGGAGGUGACCCUGCCCGCGGCCGAUAUCCAAGGGCCUGGUGUGGAGGUGACCGUCGAGACGGGCACGGUAGCAGCAGAGGCUGAGAAAGGCCGAUUCAAGAUGCCCGACGUCAAGAUGCCCAGCGUCAAGCUGCCCAAAGUCAAAGCUCCCCAGGCGCAGGUCAGCCUGCCCAAGGCCGAGGUCUCGCUGCCCAAAGGCCAGGAGGGCGAAGUCGCCCUGCAGGGCCCUGAGGCCGAAGGCAGCCUGGAGGCGGCCGCUGGCAAAGCGGAGGGCGGCGGCAUGAAAAUACACAUGCCCAAAGUCAAGGUUUCUCCCAAACUGGAGGCAGACGUCAGCCUCCCGCAGGCAGAGAUCAAGGCCACCGACGCCGACAUCACUGUCACGGCCCCCGAUGUCAAGCUGCCCUCUGUUGAAGGCUCCCUGGAGCUCCAGGCGCCCGACAUAGACAUCAAAGUGCCUUCCGCCGAAGGCAAGCUGGGGCUGGAAGGCACGGGCCUGAAAGGCAAGCUCAAGAUGCCCAAAUUUGACAAGCCCAAAUUCACAGUGUCCUCGCCCAAGGCCGAGGUGCCCACAGCCGAGGUCAGCCUGCCCAGUGCUGAGGUCGAGCUGCCCUCUGCCACCGUGACGGCCUCAACCGAGGACACUGGCGUGAAGCUGGAGAAGCCCUCCCUCAAGAUGCCCAAAGCUGACAUCAAAACUCCCAAGGUGGACAUCAGCCUGCCCUCCGUCGACGUCACUCUUCCACAGGCCAGCGUCGACCUGCAGGCCCCCGAAGCCAGCCUUAGCCUUGAAGGAGAAGCCAAAGUGCCAGAGAAGGAGGCCACCAAGACCAAGGACGGCAAGUUCAAGAUGCCCAAGUUCGGCAUGCCUUCCUUUGGCUGGUCCAGCAGCAGAGAGGCCAAGGGCACCGUGGCCGCCGAGGUGGACGUCAGCCUCCCGGAGCCCCAGGUGACGGUGCCUUCUGGAACCACUGAAGUGGAGGUGACCCUGCCCGCGGCCGAUAUCCAAGCGCCUGGUGUGGAGGUGACCGUCGAGACGGGCACGGUAGCAGCAGAGGCUGAGAAAGGCCGAUUCAAGAUGCCUGACGUCAAGAUGCCCAGCGUCAAGCUGCCCAAAGUCAAAGCUCCCCAGGCGCAGGUCAGCCUGCCCAAGGCCGAGGUCUCGCUGCCCAAAGGCCAGGAGGGCGAGGUCGCCCUGCAGGGCCCUGAGGCCGAAGGCAGCCUGGAGGCGGCCGCUGGCAAAGCGGAGGGCGGCGGCAUGAAAAUACACAUGCCCAAAGUCAAGGUGCCCAGCGUGGUCUUCUCCAAGCCCACCAUCAAGUCUCCCAAACUGGAGGCAGACGUCAGCCUCCCGCAGGCAGAGAUCAAGGCCACCGACGCCGACAUCACUGUCACGGCCCCCGAUGUCAAGCUGCCCUCUGUUGAAGGCUCCCUGGAGCUCCAGGCACCCGACAUAGACAUCAAAGUGCCCUCCGCCGAAGGCAAGCUGGGGCUGGAAGGCACGGGCCUGAAAGGCAAGCUCAAGAUGCCCAAAUUUGACAAACCUAAAUUCACAGUGUCCUCGCACAAGGCCGAGGUGCCCACAGCCGAGGUCAGCCUGCCCAGUGCUGAGGUCGAGCACCCCUCUGCUACUGUGACUGCCACACCGGAGGACACUGGCGUGAAGCUGGAGAAGCCCUCCCUCAAGAUGCCCAAAGCUGACAUCAAAGCUCCCAAGGUGGACAUCAGCCUGCCCUCCGUCGACGUCACUCUUCCACAGGCCGCGUCGACCUGCAGGCCCCUCGAAGCCAGCCUUAGCCUUGAAGGAGAAGCCAAAGUGCCAGAGAAGGAGGCCACCAAGACCAAGGACGGCAAGUUCAAGAUGCCCAAGUUCGGCAUGCCUUCCUUUGGCUGGUCCAGCAGCAGAGAGGCCAAGGGCACCGUGGCCGCCGAGGUGGACGUCAGCCUCCCGGAGCCCCAGGUGACGGUGCCUUCCGGAACCACUGAAGUGGAGGUGACCCUGCCCGCGGCCGAUAUCCAAGCGCCUGGUGUGGAGGUGACCGUCGAGACGGGCACGGUAGCAGCAGAGGCUGAGAAAGGCCGAUUCAAGAUGCCCGACGUCAAGAUGCCCAGCGUCAAGCUGCCCAAAGUCAAAGCUCCCCAGGCGCAGGUCAGCCUGCCCAAGGCCGAGGUCUCGCUGCCCAAAGGCCUGGAGGGCGAGGUCGCCCUGCAGGGCCCUGAGGCCGAAGGCAGCAUGAAAAUACACAUGCCCAAAGUCAAGGUGCCCAGCGUGGUCUUCUCCAAGCCCACCAUCAAGUCUCCCAAACUGGAGGCAGACGUCAGCCUCCCGCAGGCAGAGAUCAAGGCCACCGACACCGACAUCACUGUCACGGCCCCCGAUGUCAAGCUGCCCUCUGUUGAAGGCUCCCUGGAGCUCCAGGCGCCCGACAUAGACAUCAAAGUGCCCUCCGCCGAAGGCAAGCUGGGGCUGGAAGGCACGGGCCUGAAAGGCAAGCUCAAGAUGCCCAAAUUUGACAAGCCCAAAUUCACAGUGUCCUCGCCCAAGGCCGAGGUGCCCACAGCCGAGGUCAGCCUGCCCAGUGCUGAGGUCGAGCUCCCCUCUGCCACCGUGACGGCCACAGCGGAGGACACUGGCGUGAAGCUGGAGAAGCCCUCCCUCAAGAUGCCCAAAGCUGACAUCAAAGCUCCCAAGGUGGCCAUCAGCCUGCCCUCCGUCGACGUCACUCUUCCACAGGCCAGCGUCGACCUGCAGGCCCCCGAAGCCAGCCUUACCCUUGAAGGGGAAGCCAAAGUGCCAGAGAAGGAGGCCACCAAGACCAAGGACGGCAAGUUCAAGAUGCCCAAGUUCGGCAUGCCUUCCUUUGGCUGGUCCAGCAGCAGAGAGGCCAAGGGCACCGUGGCCGCCGAGGUGGACGUCAGCCUCCCGGAGCCCCAGGUGACGGUGCUUUCCGGAACCACUGAAGUGGAGGUGACCCUGCCCGCGGCCGAUAUCCAAGGGCCUGGUGUGGAGGUGACCGUCGAGACGGGCACGGUAGCAGCAGAGGCUGAGAAAGGCCGAUUCAAGAUGCCCGACGUCAAGAUGCCCAGCGUCAAGCUGCCCAAAGUCAAAGCUCCCCAGGCGCAGGUCAGCCUGCCCAAGGCCGAGGUCUCGCUGCCCAAAGGCCCGGAGGGCGAGGUCGCCCUGCAGGGCCCCGAGGCCGAAGGCAGCCUGGAGGCGGCCGCUGGCAAAGGGGAGGGCGGCGGCAUGAAAAUACACAUGCCCAAAGUCAAGGUGCCCAGCGUGGUCUUCUCCAAGCCCACCAUCAAGUCUCCCAAACUGGAGGCAGACGUCAGCCUCCCGCAGGCAGAGAUCAAUGCCACCGACGCCGACAUCACUGUCACGGCCCCCGAUGUCAAGCUGCCCUCUGUUGAAGGCUCCCUGGAGCUCCAGGCGCCCGACAUAGACAUCAAAGUGCCCUCCGCCGAAGGCAAGCUGGGGCUGGAAGGCACGGGCCUGAAAGGCAAGCUCAAGAUGCCCAAAUUUGACAAACCUAAAUUCACAGUGUCCUCGCACAAGGCCGAGGUGCCCACAGCCGAGGUCAGCCUGCCCAGUGCUGAGGUCGAGCUCCCCUCUGCCACCGUGACGGCCUCAACCGAGGGCACUGGCGUGAAGCUGGAGAAGCCCUCCCUCAAGAUGCCCAAAGCUGACAUCAAAGCUCCCAAGGUGGACAUCAGCCUGCCCUCCGUCGACGUCACUCUUCCACAGGCCAGCGUCGACCUGCAGGCCCCCGAAGCCAGCCUUAGCCUUGAAGGAGAAGCCAAAGUGCCAGAGAAGGAGGCCACCAAGACCAAGGACGGCAAGUUCAAGAUGCCCAAGUUCGGCAUGCCUUCCUUUGGCUGGUCCAGCAGCAGAGAGGCCAAGGGCACCGUGGCCGCCGAGGUGGAUGUCACCCCGAAGGAGCCCCACAUGACAGUGCCCUCGGGUACUGCUGUCAUGGACAUGACAUUUUCUGACUCUGAGAUCCAGGCGCCCAAGUUUGAUUUUCCCCUUGAUUCUUCUACUUUUAAAGAGGAGGAAGUUGGCAAAUCUAAAUCUUCUGCAUUUAAAAUUCCUAAAAUUUCUCUUUCUAAAACUUUCAAACCUCAUACACAAAGCCAAUCUGGAUGUGAUGUUUCUGUUUCUGAAACUCUUUGUUAUUCUUUAACAGACGAAGCUUCUUUGGUCCCUUCUGAGAGUGUUGAACCUAAACGUUUUUCUGAUGUUAUGGAGGAGAGUGUAUCUAAAAGUACCAAAUUCAGAGUUCCUAGCAUUGGUUUCUCUAAAUCUGAAGUGACUUCAUCUAAAACUGAUCUGCAGUCCUCUAUACAAAAGGGGGAUAUUACUCUUACUAAAUACCAAAUUAAUCUAACUGAAUCGGAAUCAAAAAUAGCAUCUCUUGCUGAUGAAAAUCUUUCAGAUUUUGAAAUUUUAAGUGAAGAUGGAUCUGAGGAGCAAGGAGCUUUAAGGCUAGAUGGCAAAACCACAUCUGCUGAAAUAUCUUUGGUUGACACAGAGGUCACAGUUAAAAUUCCUAAAUUCCGAAAACCAAAAUUCAGAAUUCGAUCUAAGGGAAAAGCAUCUAAAUGUGACAUUGGUUCCAACGUGGAAUCUGAAAUUUCCAAGGGAAGGAUAACAUCUGAUAUGACUGGUCUUGAUAUUGAAAAACCAGUUCAAAUCCCUGAUGCCCAUCUUGGUGUAACGUUGCAUAAGCCUUCACUUGAAGUUGUUCUGGAUGCACCAACAAUGGAUCCAAAUCUCUCACCAGUGGAGGUUACCUUGCCAAACUUAGAAGCAGAAAUCCAUGGCCCAGAUUUAGAGUGCAAGGCAGAACAGGAAGUAGUUACAGGAGAAAAGGGUACUGAGGAGAAAGAAAACAAAUUUAAAUCAUCAAAAUUCAAACUGCCUUCAUUUAGGUGGUCACCAAAGAAAGAAGCUAUUGCUCCUUCUCAUGUUGAGGAACACCUGGAAGGACCCACUUUUUCUACCUUAUCUGGAGACACGGGAUCUGAAUUAACUUUUCCUACUCCUGAGAAUCAAUACCUUCAUGAAGAAUUUGAUACAACAGAACAAGAUGGUGAAAAGGCCAAAACCAAGAAGUCCCAAUUUACCAUGCCAAAGAUCUCAUUCCCUAAAAUUAAGAGUCAGAAAGUACAGGUCUCUCUGCCUGUAGUGGAAACUGAUGUUUCUGGACCCAAACAAGAAAAAGAAGGUGUUCCUGUUCAGAAAUCUGAGGAAGGAAGUAGUGGAGAAGUUGCAGGACUGGGAAUAAAAGUGCCUAAAGUUACAGUCCCAACUUCAGAAUUUUCCAAACCAGAAGCCAAAGCUCCCAAAAUAGAGAUGGAUAUUAGCAUGCCUACAGGCGAGGUCAAAGUUCCUGCCUGUGAAGGAGGUGAGCUGACACUGAAAUCAGCUGCUGCUAAUGCCAGCCUCUCCACCUCAGAUAUUAAGAUGACACCCGAAGGUUCGCUUGAGGUGAAGAGUCCUGACAUAAGUGUUGAAAGAACAUCAAGUGAAAUUGCUGUGGGUGAUGUAGAGAUAAAAGCUGAAGGUUCUGAAGGGAAAACAAAAAUGUCUAAAUUCCAAAUGCCAAAGGUAGGAAUUACACUUUCUAAAGGGAAAGGGUCAGAAAAGAAUGUUGGCCAAUCCAAAUCAGAAGUCAAGGUUCCCCAACUAAAAGCAACAGUAGAAAUCUCUGACAUUGCUGUUGAAUCACCAGACUUGAAGGUAGAAUGUGGCACAGAAACAAAGACUUACAGUCCUGAAGCCAAAAUUAAGACAUCAGAGGCUGAUGUUCACCUCCCAUCAGCUGACAUUCCUUUUCCAAAAACAGACAGUGGUAUUCAGGAUUCAGAUGCAGCAGUAAAGAUCAAGGGGGAAAUAAAGCAAGAUGGAGACGGAGAAGAGAAAGAAGGACAUUUCAAAAUGCCCAAAUUCAAACUUCCAUCCUUCAGUUGGUCACCAAAGAAGGAAGCAAGUGUUAAAUCUGAUUCUGGAGCAAAUUUGGAAGACCAAAAGCUUGCUGUCAUGUCAAGCAGAAUAGACACAGAAGUGAAAGAAGCUGCAACUGAUGAUCAAGGUAGUGGGCCAGACCUUGAUCUGGAAAUAUCUGCAGGAAAAGUUGAGCAAAAAAGUCCAAUUAAAAAGCCUCAAUUUGUCAUGCCUAAAAUUUCACUCUCCAAGAUCAAGGUUCCAAAAUCUCAAAAAGUUGAAGCUGAUGCUACUCUUCCUAAAACAGAAAUAGAGGGUGAUGAUUGUAUUAAGAUACCUGAUAUAGAAAAAUGUCAUCCUGAAGGGACUGAAGAAGGGGCACAAAUCAGCAUAAAACUGGCUGACACUAUGGUCCAUACUCUGGAGUUUUCCAGAGUAGAAACUGAAGCCUCUAAAACUGAAAUAACAGUCAGCUCAGCAAAGAUUGAUGCUUCUUUGACUCCCUCAGAGGGGAGUUUUCAACAGGUUGACUUAAAAAUAAGUUCUACCAAUGAAUGUAACAUUCAAAAAACAGGUACUAAGCUCCCCAAAGGAGAAGCUUCAGUUGAUUUGAAGAGCCCUGAUAUAUUAACAGAAAGCUCAUCAGUUGUGGAUGGAAGAAAAGUGAAAUUGGAAGGUCCUGAAGGGAAGAUUAAAAUGCCGAAAUUCCAGAAGACAAAGUUUGGAAUCUCCAGAACAAAAGGGAAAGUCCCAGAGACAGAGAUCAGCUCUCCAAAAAUAGAAGCUGAGCUACCCCAACUAAGAACAGCAAAAGAAAUUGCUGACAUUGCUGUGGGAGUUCCAGCAUCAGAACUUAUAUCUGAUAUGUCAGAUCCUGGUGUAGUUGAUGGUAAGAUAAAAACACCCCAAGCUCUGAUGGGUGGCAUGGAAGAUGCAAAGGUAGACAUAAGCACCAGGUCAGUGUCUAAGCCAAAGACAGAGGGAGUUAGUGAGAGUCUUGAGGAGAAGGAAAUCAAAUUAAAAGAACAUGAAAUAAAAGCUGAAGAAGUUCAGACUGAAGAACAUCAGGGAUGGUUUAAAAUGCCAAAAUUCAGAAUACCUGCAUUUGGCAGGUCAUCCUUAAAGGAAAAGAAAAGUGAUGCCGAUAUUGAAAGAAGUAUGGAAAAAGCUCAGGCAACUAUUCCUUCUGCUAAAGUACAAACUGAAACAAGUGCUCCUGAAAAUACAUUCUCAUUACCACAUGCCGUUGCUGAAAUUACUAUUGGAAAAGACGGGAUUCAAAAAUUAGAAGAUUCUGUGAAGAGUUCUAAUGUUAGCUUGCCAAAGAUUGAAGGAGAUAUUUCAUUAUCCACAGAAAGAACAGAUAGUGGAGUGAGUAUUCCAAAAACUGAAACUUACGCAGACGUACUUAAGCGCAGUGCUGAAGGACAUACUUCAGAAAUCACAGUGUCUGCAGCAGAAUUGUCUAAAUCAUACCCAAGUGCUUCAGAAACUGACAAAGACAAGAGUUCAACACAUAGGUUUCCUAUGUGUACUCUGACGUCUCCAGAGCAUAAAGGCCAAUCACAGGAUAUAAAUGUCCAAAAGGUAGAAAGUUUCAUGAAGUUAGAGACAUCAGGGAUAGGAUGCAAGCCAUCAUCAGGUGAAAUUACUCUGGAUGCAACACAGAAGAAAAUAGAUGUUAAUCUUCCAAAGGAAGAGCUGGAUAUUCAAAACAAAGAGGCAGCAAUUAAAAAAGGAAAGAUAAAGGGGGAGGUGAAAAUCACAGGAAAAGAAAGUGAAGAAAGUCAAUUAAAAAGGACUACAUGUGAAUGGUCUACAGCAAAAGGAUCAGAAGAUGGUACUUAUGUUACUGCUAAGCUGGAAGAUCUAAAGGUAGAAGUUCCAACAUUGAAGACAGAUGUUAAAAUUACUGCAGUAGAUCCUGAAAUGAAAUUUUGCGUGAAAAGUGUUGAAAAGGAUGCGUCUGCAGGAGUGGAAGUGCAAGUGCAAGUAGAAGACAGAGCAGAAACAAGUAAAAUAAAACCAUACAAGUUUAAGAUUCCAAGGUUUGGAAUGUUGCAUUCUGAAAUCAAGGGGUUUGAAAAUGAUACCAAUUUGCCUAAGUCAGAAGCUGAUUCAGCACCUAAAAGUGAAAGAGGCACAGCAGAAAUGCAGUUACAAAAACCAGAAGGAUCGACUGGCCUGAAAAGUCCAGCUCUAGAUCAUAUAGAAGCAACUGCCAGAAUAACAGGGGAAACAGUGAACCAAACACAAGGUAUUCCAGAAGUAAGUGUAAGAAUUCCCAAACUAAAAAUACCAAGAUUCACUUUCAGAACUCCCCCAAUUGAAGCUGAUGUUUUACUGUCAAAAGUAGUAACAGAUCCAAAGGGAUCUAGUACUGACAUUGAAAUAGUGCAACUGCAAGCAAGCUCUGCUAUCCCCGAAGAAACACCAGGAGCUGUAGAGGGGGUUAUUCAAAAAGCAAAAAGCAAAAUUAUGACACUGACUGAACCUGACAUUAAAACAGCCCAAAUGACAGCUACCAUAGAAUCCUCCCUUUCAAGUGCAGGGCAAGACGUUCAUUGGUCUUACAUAGAGGGCCAAGAAGUAAGUGAAAAAGUAGAACCUGAACAUGUUGCUAUUGAGCGGUGUGAGAUUUACACUACUGAAAUACUGAAAGAAUCAGAGAUUCUGUCACCAGAGGUCAAAACUGCUACUUUGGGAUUCUCAUUGCUCAAGGCCAAGUUGCCUGAAUCACACAGUGAUUUAGACGUGCAGGUCCAGCAGCCAUCUCCAACAGGAGAUGCAUCAGUGAGAAAACCUACAGGUGCUGGUGAAAGCUUUGGAGUAGCAGCACAGGGAAGUGGCAGUGCUGAGCUUAAACUAUCUGACAAACCACACAGUGGGUCUGAAGAAUCUAGAGGAAAAGUAAGUUUGUCAAAGUUAAAAACAUCUGCUGCUGAAGUAAAGGGUUCCAGUAAACUUGAAGAGAGUUUUCCUGAUAAAUCACCAGAGGGAAUAAUUGCAGCUCCUCUCUCUGAAGAUGAAGAUGUAGUUGAAGCAGUGGAAGGUGAAGAAAAAGACAUAACCAAUGAGAAAGAAAAGACUGAUAGUAAAAGAUCUCCUGGAAGAUUUAAAUUUUGGCUUCCAAGUAUUGGCUUUUCAUCUCCUGGGGAUGAAACAAGCACAGAUGCAAAAGCAGAAAUAAAAAAAUCAGUUCCAGAAGAUGUGAAACCUGCUGACACAUCAGAUGAUUCCUCUAAGCAGGCUGAAAAAGCUGGAUGGUUUAGAUUCCCCAAGCUUGGUUUCACCUCUCCUUCCAAAAAGGCUAAGUCUGUUGACAAAGAAGAGGUGGGUCAUAAAGAGGGGAGACUCUCAGAUGAAGAUAGCCCAACAGAUAAGCCAGAUGUGUUUUUUGAUGCACAAGAAAGCUUAUCACCUAAAGAAAUAGGAGAAGGUGAAAAAGCUGAAACUGACGGGGCCUCAUCUAUUGUGACAUCUUCAGCAAGAACUGAACUGAUCUUGUUGGAGGAAGAAAAAGAUAGUAAAUCUAAUAUUGUUGGAGAUACAGCCAAAUGAAGGUUGUAUUUUCUCAGUCCUCAGUCCUCAAUGAAAACAAAAUCAUCCACAGAAGAGAAUGUUUUCCUAAUUUUCUACUAACUGAAAAUUAAAAGCCAAGGUUGGUAUUCAUGAAAAUACUUGAACAAUUUUUCAAGUACAUGGAUGUACUAGAUUGUACACUAAUAAAAAUAAUGAUUUCUUCAUAUCUACCCCAAGGGCAACAAUUAUGACAGGUGCAGAUGAGCCCAUAGGUUGAGCAAAGUCUGAGUAGAUACCAGAACCAUGAAAGUAAAUCAUUGAAAGGCUCAAUGAUACCAAAAGACUUGUUAAAGAGGCUUCUCAAAACACACCAGUUAUAUUUAGAUUACAGAUUAUUUCCAGAAUGGGCUCUAAACUAGUAUUAUGAGAACUAUACUUACCUGUUUAGAUUUUGGAACUUUCUGAUCUACUUUUGCUUUGUUAUUAAAAUAUUUUUUCUUUAUUUCAGCUAAGGUAGUAUGUAUAUUCCACAAACAUUUUAAAUAUAAAAUAAAAAUUAAAUAGUAGUGUAGAGAGACUAAUGCUUUGCCUCUUCCUCUCUUUUCAUUUUUUUAUUAUUGUGGCAGGUAAUAUUUAGCCUUACAAUAAUUUAAAAAAAAAGAACAGCAAAAACCAACAGAAUAAUUUAAAGACCAAAAAACAUGUAACUAAAUCAUAUUUGUAAGAUACCAGAAUAAAACAUGCUUACAAAGAAUAUUAUUCAAAUGUGGAUAAAUAAAUUUUAAUGUAUAUACUUAUGGGAUAGGUAAAUGCUUAGAAUGAUCUGCCACACUGGUGGAAUUGCUUCAGAGAUUUUCUGGGAAAGGAGGUGUAUAUAAUUAUUUGCUCCUUUUUUUAUAUUAACGCUUCUCUCAAGUGCACAAUGAAAACCAGGGUGUGUAUGUGACAGCCUUCACAUGUACCAUUAAAACACUGUCUGUAUUCUUAAUUCACAAUAAACUCACUAUAU